GGUGGGGCCGUCUCCCGCCUAACCCGACGCUUGCUAAAGUCACUGCUCAUCGGCAAUGGAGACGCUUAGCCAGAAACGCAGUUGUGCGCUUGGUUGUGGCCGGACAACCGCUGUUGUCAUGAGAGGUCCGUCUGAAGUCCAGUAAUGCUCCGUGUGCCAACGCGGGCCCCGCUCCACGAUGAACCGGUACCGGGCUGCAAGCAACGUGAAGCCCGUCUGGGUCCUGGCUGCGACCUGUUUGAUCAGCGCCCGCGCUGCCUGCGGCUCUCCGCUGCUCGACCCACAGGCAUUUCUGGAAAAAUAUGGCUACCUUCAUGAUGACCACUUAAUCCACAAUGCAGUUGAGAUGCAGUCAGCAAUCCAGAAAUUCCAGCGGUUGUCUCGCCUACCUAUGACAGGUGAAUUAGACAGCGCCACCCUGAGGCAGAUGGCCGAGCCGCGCUGCGGCGUGUCGGACAAGGGCAGCCAGCAGGUGUGGGCCCAGAGGGUAAACAUCAUCUUCACUGCCAGGAGUUCUGCAGGAGGACCGUCUUGGCGCCGCAGGAAGCGCUCUGCCAUAAAAGCUGACAAGUGGUACAAGAGUCACCUGGCCUACCAGAUAGUGAACUGGCCCAGCCACCUGUCUCUGGGCUCAGUGCGACUGGCAGUGAGCGCCGCUUUCCAGGUGUGGAGCAAUGUGUCAGGCCUGGCGUUCCAGGAGGCCCCCCAAGGCCCCGCAGACAUCCGUCUGGCCUUUUACGAGGGUGACCACAAUGACGGGGCUGGCAACGCCUUUGACGGACCAGGCGGAACCUUGGCUCACGCCUUCCUCCCCCGCCGAGGGGAGGCCCAUUUUGACAAGGCGGAAAGGUGGACCCUAAACGGACAUAAGGGCCAUAAUCUCUUUAUGGUGAUGGCCCACGAGAUCGGACACACUCUGGGUUUGGAGCACUCGCCCGUGCGUCACGCGCUCAUGUCGCCGUACUACAGGAAGCUGGGCCGCAGUCUGGUCAUGAGCUGGGAUGACAUCUUGGCCGUGCAGCAGCUGUACGGUAAACCGCCCGGCGAUCGGCUCGUGCGACUGCCGGGUGAGGUGCUGCACGCCGCCCUGCAGGAGUGGGAGUUCAUGGACGUCCACAUGUCCGACAAGAGCAGCGGUCUACCUCUCUACUGCCACUCCGGCGUGUUUGAUGCCAUCACCGCGGACCCGAACGGGACAGUGCUGGUGUUCCGAGGCAGCGUGUACUGGAGUGUGUCACCUGAGGGGCGCGUGAGUGGCGCGUCGCCUCUCCGUCAGCAUUGGGCCGACCUCCCGUUGGCCAUCGAGGCGGCCGCGUUUUCGCCUCUAGACGCAAAGUGGUACUUCUUUAAAGGGAAGCAUAUCUGGCGCUACACAGGCCAAGUACUUGACGCAGGCUUCCCCCGGCAGAGCACUGAUAUAGGCCUACCUCGCCACCCGGACUGCGCCUUCUUCUACGCCCCUUUGGGUCACAUGGUACUACUUAAGGGCUCCCGCUACUUUGUUUUCAACCUGCAAACCUUUCGCCGAGAGCCCUACUAUCCCCGCAAGCUGAAAGACUGGACCGGUGUACCGCAGGGCACCAACGGGGCGCUGAGUCGUCCGGAUGGGCGCCUCUACCUUUUCAGGCAGCGCCACUUCUGGAGGUUUGACCCAGUAAAAGUGCGAGUCACCAGGGUGGGGCAGUGGGUCAAGGAGCUGAACUGGACUGGUUGUGGUGUAGCUCCUCAAGGCAAUGACAUUCUUUAAUCAGCGCAAGAGAGCGCUAGUUAUCCAGUGCUUCUUUAUCUUAUUUUCUGGGAGGUUGCAAAGCUGCAAAGUAAUUUUUGCAUGAGCACAAAAAGGCAUGCUCACCUACCACCACACUUAUUGUGCAUUUGAUUGUAUAUUUACGUGUGGCACCAUAGCAACAGCACUCCGUUGUAAACCUGGGAUCCCCUGUGGAUGAAAAGACUUCGGGGAA